AGCUCGCUCCGCGGAGGCCCAGCUGCCGCCACCGCCGCGGCCGGCGCUGGAACCGCGGCUCGCCGCCUGCUCUACCGAGCGUUGAGGGCCAGGGUCCGAGGCUCACGGGAGGCGACAGCGAGCAUCCGGGGAGAGAGCGACAGGCGGCGCGGAGACCGGCCCCGGGUGCCCGGGCCAUGCGGGCCGGGCGGCUGCGCUGAACGGAGGCCGAGCCCGGGACCUGCCGGGGGACUGCCGGGCUGCGGGCCAUGGAUGCGGCGGCAGCGGCGCGGGACGGCGGGAGCCCGGCCGCGACCAGGUGAGGAGGCGGCGUCCGGCGCCACUGCAGCCGCGGCGGCCUCGGAGGAAGAAGGCUCGCCGCCGCGCGCCCGCCCGCCCGUCGUCGCAGCCCUUCCUGUUGGGAUUAUCUUCUGCUCCCCGCUGCUCCUUCGCUCCCCGCGGUCGAAGCCGCCGCUCGGCUUCAGCGGCUCGGACUCCUUCGCAGCCGGUGCCUCCUCCCCUACCUGGGCCUCGCAGCGGGGAGACCCUUGGGCGAGACCAUGAGGAAAUUCAACAUCAGGAAGGUGCUGGACGGCCUGACCGCAGGCUCGUCCUCGGCCUCGCAACAGCAGCAACAGCAGCAGCACCCGCCUGGGAACCGGGAGCCGGAGAUCCAGGAGACGCUCCAGUCCGAACACUUCCAACUCUGCAAGACUGUUCGCCAUGGAUUCCCCUAUCAGCCCUCAGCCCUGGCCUUUGAUCCCGUUCAGAAGAUCCUGGCGGUAGGAACUCAGACUGGUGCUUUAAGGCUCUUUGGUCGUCCAGGAGUGGAAUGUUAUUGCCAGCACGACAGCGGAGCAGCAGUGAUCCAACUCCAGUUCCUGAUUAAUGAGGGAGCCCUUGUGAGUGCCUUGGCUGAUGACACCCUACACUUAUGGAAUUUACGUCAAAAAAGGCCUGCCGUACUACAUUCACUUAAAUUUUGCAGAGAAAGGGUUACAUUUUGCCAUCUGCCUUUCCAGAGUAAGUGGCUCUAUGUGGGCACUGAGCGAGGAAACAUACACAUUGUUAAUGUGGAGUCCUUCACACUCUCAGGCUAUGUCAUUAUGUGGAAUAAAGCCAUCGAACUGUCAUCUAAAGCUCACCCAGGACCAGUUGUGCAUAUAAGUGACAAUCCCAUGGACGAGGGGAAGCUUUUGAUUGGCUUCGAAUCUGGAACAGUAGUCUUAUGGGACCUCAAGUCAAAGAAGGCUGACUACAGAUACACAUACGACGAGGCUAUUCACUCUGUGGCUUGGCAUCAUGAAGGAAAACAAUUUAUUUGCAGUCAUUCUGACGGUACUUUGACCAUAUGGAAUGUGAGAUCCCCUGCUAAACCUGUACAGACCAUCACUCCUCACGGAAAACAGUUGAAGGAUGGGAAGAAGCCAGAGCCAUGCAAGCCUAUCCUGAAGGUGGAGUUGAAGACAACAAGAUCCGGGGAACCUUUUAUUAUUUUGUCAGGAGGCUUAUCCUAUGAUACCGUGGGAAGAAGACCCUGCUUAACAGUGAUGCACGGGAAAAGCACAGCAGUGCUGGAAAUGGACUAUUCAAUCGUUGACUUUCUCACACUCUGUGAAACGCCAUAUCCAAACGAUUUUCAGGAACCAUAUGCUGUGGUUGUUCUCCUGGAAAAGGACUUAGUGCUGAUAGACCUUGCACAAAAUGGAUACCCUAUAUUUGAGAAUCCCUACCCUUUGAGUAUACACGAGUCCCCUGUUACAUGUUGUGAAUAUUUUGCUGAUUGUCCUGUGGAUCUUAUUCCUGCACUUUACUCUGUUGGAGCUAGACAGAAGCGUCAAGGUUACAGCAAAAAGGAAUGGCCCAUCAAUGGUGGUAAUUGGGGCUUGGGUGCUCAAAGUUACCCAGAAAUAAUUAUUACAGGGCAUGCUGAUGGCUCGGUGAAAUUCUGGGACGCUUCUGCAAUAACUCUACAAGUACUAUAUAAAUUAAAAACAUCUAAAGUAUUUGAGAAGUCAAGAAACAAAGAUGACAGACAGAACACAGACAUUGUAGAUGAAGAUCCAUAUGCCAUUCAGAUCAUCUCCUGGUGCCCAGAGAGCAGGAUGCUGUGCAUAGCUGGAGUGUCAGCCCAUGUCAUCAUCUAUAGAUUCAGCAAGCAGGAAGUGCUUACCGAAGUCAUCCCGAUGCUUGAAGUUCGACUGUUAUAUGAAAUAAAUGAUGUGGAUACUCCAGAGGGUGAGCAGCCCCCGCCUCUGUCCACCCCCGUGGGCAGCUCCAACCCUCAGCCCAUUCCUCCUCAGUCUCAUCCGUCUACCAGCAGCAGCUCAUCUGACGGGCUUCGUGAUAACGUUCCUUGCUUAAAAGUUAAAAACUCCCCACUUAAGCAGUCUCCAGGCUAUCAGACAGAGCUGGUCAUUCAGUUGGUGUGGGUGGGUGGAGAACCCCCGCAGCAGAUCACCAGCCUGGCACUCAACUCUUCCUAUGGACUGGUGGUUUUCGGCAACUGUAACGGCAUCGCAAUGGUUGACUACCUCCAGAAAGCAGUACUGCUCAACCUCAGCACCAUCGAACUUUACGGCUCAAAUGAUCCUUAUCGGAGAGAACCUCGCUCGCCCCGAAAAUCCCGACAGCCUUCAGGAGCGGGCCUGUGUGAUAUCACCGAAGGGACUGUCGUCCCGGAGGAUCGCUGCAAAUCUCCCACUUCCGGUUCUUCAUCGCCACACAAUUCAGAUGAUGAACAAAAAGUGAAUAAUUUUAUAGAAAAGGUGAAGACCCAAAGCAGAAAGUUUUCCAAGAUGGUAGCCAAUGAUCUAGCAAAGAUGUCAAGGAAAUUAAGCUUGCCAACUGACCUAAAGCCUGAUUUAGAUGUAAAAGACAAUUCCUUCAGCAGAUCGCGGAGUUCAAGUGUAACCAGCAUUGACAAAGAGUCCCGGGAAACCAUCUCUGCUCUUCAUUUCUGUGAGACUUUGACGCGGAAGGCCGACUCUUCCCCCUCCCCCUGCCUGUGGGUCGGAACUACAGUGGGAACUGCGUUUGUCAUCACGCUGAAUCUCCCCCCGGGGCCUGAGCAGAGACUCCUUCAGCCAGUGAUUGUGUCUCCAAGCGGUACUAUAUUGAGGUUAAAAGGUGCAAUCUUGAGGAUGGCAUUUCUGGAUGCCACGGGCUGCUUAAUGUCUCCUGCAUACGAACCCUGGAAAGAACACAACGUUGCUGAAGAAAAAGACGAAAAGGAGAAAUUGAAAAAGCGGCGACCUGUCUCAGUGUCCCCCUCCUCUUCUCAGGAAAUUAGUGAGAACCAGUACGCAGUGAUAUGCUCUGAAAAGCAAGCAAAGGUCAUGUCACUGCCAACCCAGAGCUGUGCAUACAAGCAGAACAUCACCGAGACGUCCUUCGUGCUCCGCGGAGACAUUGUCGCACUGAGUAACAGUGUCUGCCUCGCCUGCUUCUGUGCCAAUGGCCAUAUCAUGACUUUCAGUUUGCCAAGCUUGAGGCCUCUCCUGGAUGUCUACUACCUGCCCCUUACCAACAUGCGGAUAGCCAGGACAUUCUGCUUCGCCAACAACGGACAAGCCUUAUACCUUGUUUCACCUACAGAAAUCCAGAGACUCACCUACAGUCAGGAGACAUGUGAAAAUCUUCAGGAGAUGCUCGGUGAACUCUUCACGCCUGUAGAGACACCAGAAGCACCAAACAGAGGCUUCUUCAAAGGCUUAUUUGGAGGCGGUGCACAAUCUCUCGAUAGAGAAGAACUAUUUGGAGAGUCGUCCUCGGGAAAGGCCUCCAGGAGCCUCGCACAACACAUCCCGGGCCCUGGUGGGAUCGAAGGUGUGAAAGGAGCCGCGUCAGGAGUGGUGGGUGAACUUGCCCGAGCCAGGCUGGCCCUCGACGAAAGAGGACAGAAGCUCAGUGACUUGGAAGAAAGGACGGCAGCCAUGAUGUCCAGCGCAGACUCCUUCUCCAAACAUGCUCAUGAGAUGAUGCUGAAAUACAAAGAUAAGAAGUGGUACCAGUUCUGACAACUAGAACUCAGUAAGUCCAGCUUCAACCAGAAGGAAAAAGAAGUUUCCUUGUUGAUAUCACUGAUGUAUUUGGGGAAGAUAACGUAAAAGGGACGCACUUUGCUGAGAACUUCUUUCCCAGCACAAUCAUGCACUGUUUUACCUCAGUCACACGGCUUUAACUGAGAAGACUCCCCAUGCGUGCAAACCGGAGCAUAGAGUGUGUGCUGGCUGUGCAUUGACGAACGGAGAACUGAGUGGGGUCACGCUGACAGAUGAACAUCCAGAAGAUGUUGACAAGUCCUGGAGGACUAUUCUGUGGAUCAUUCCUGUAUUAAACUUUCAUAUGCCAAAAGACUUUGUGCCGUUGUAUCUGCCAUCAGUGUUUGAUCCGACGUGGGGAGAGGCAAUAAACCAGAAGUUGUAAGUCCACAAAGGUCACUUUGUAUCUGGACUGCAUUGUGAGCAGCUGUCUGCACUCACCCUCUCUCAAACAGACUGCUUAUCAGUCUUAGUGAAAAAGCAGCAAGCUGUCCCUUCUCGCUAGACUCUGCCGAAUGGUGGGCUUUCAGUAAUCAGAGCACACACACACAGCUCGUGUGCGUGCGGGAUCCUCUUCUACUCUCAUCAUCACAUACUGUGUUCAGUUCCUAUGUUUUCCAAAGCAAAACAAGGUGAUGUGUCACUUUUCAUGGAAAAGUGUGGCGCAUAGCUGAGUCGCUCAUCUUCGGGGAGUUUCCAUGUAGUAGCCAUGCAGAGUGGAAGAGUGAGAGAACCUGCAUUGUGGUGAGGAGAAUCCGUCCCUGUCCUGUGUCCUGUUCACAUCAGUUCAGCUAAAAGUAGACCUGACCAACACAGUUACUGGUUAAAUUUGUAGAAAAGUCGAAAUUGGCUAAGUUUUUAAUUUUGCUUGAAAUUUUAUAAAAUGUUUAACCAAAUGUACCCUUGCAUUAUUUAAUUAAAAUUGCUAAAACAGCAGUGUUUUAUCAUUUCAGUAAAGUGCUCAGCUCCCUUUUAAAACUGCCCUCCAUUCGCUCACAGUUCCAGUACACUCAGGUGAUGAGCCAGUUUAAUCUCAGUGCACACACUGCUGCCGCAUGGAGAGCUGCAGGGCUCUCUUGUCCAGUUAUCCAAGAGUCUAGUCUGAUGAGCUACAAAAUAUCUCCCGUAGAAAACAUCACGCUCCUGUACAUAUCCCUUUGACAUACUAAAAGCAAAAAGGAAAUGUUGACAGCAGUCAGUCAUGAAGUUUUUUCUGUAACCAAGAGUGGUGUGCAUUGGAGGGCAGCAGACACUGAGUGAUUGGUUCUUGCAGUAGCAUGACAGCCUAGAGAGGAUGCAGCCUGUACUGCAGUCAGGGGCUGUGAUUGCUAAAGCCACAAAGGAAGCCGGGAAGGGAAGGGGAGUGGGGGUGUGAACUUCACACACUGUCUCCUGUGGACGUCUGUACUGGGUCACUGUCCUUACGUGCAGGCAGGGCACAGAUUCCUGCGACUCGGGCUUUUUCCUGCUCUGUGUGAGAAGUUAAGUCCCUGUAGGUCAUCCUCACUUCUCAGCCUGCCGCUUGCCCCUGUCUCUUUCAUUAAUAAUUCUUUUGUUUACAUUUUAUAAUGUGCACUACUGGAUAUCAAAGUUUACAUCAAAGUUUACUUUAAAUAGCAUAGUAAGGAUUAAAUAUAUGUGAUAAAGAGAACUGAUCAAGAUAAAAAUGUUUUUAAACUAUAAUCAUUUUUUAAAAUUUCUGAAUCUGUAGAAAGUGAAAAAACAUUCGUUUCAUGUCUGUUCUCUGAACAUUCGGCAAUUUACAAAUUGCUUAAUUUGCAUUAUAUAUUGUCCAUUAAACCCAUGUUCCAUGGUACCUCACUGGAAGAAUUGGGUCCUUUCUUAAAGGUAUAGUUUUAUGAAUAUCGAUAGUCGAGAGUUUUAAAAAGUUGAAAAGUACUAAGUACCUAACACACUGCUUGACUCUGUGUGGAGCCUCAGCUGUUUAAUUUGUUGGGUUGUUUGCAUAUCAGGUUCUUUUCUACCGUCAUUUUAACCGCUGUAAAUAGAUGAGUCAAAGUUGUGAUUAUUUACUAAUAGAGAAGUAGAGAAGUUUACCGGAGUUGGAUUUUUAUAAGAACAUUUUAAUUCAUUUUAAAUUAUUUGUUCUUUAUUUUAAUUGAUCUACAUAUUGUGCACAACAGGCUAAGAGACCAGUACUAGAAAGUACAAAGUAUUUUUAAGUAGAGAAAAUGAGCUUCCCAGGGCUGCACAUGACUAUGUAAAUAAGACAGUUCCCAGUGAUAACUGGCCCAGGGCAUGGACUGGUCUGAAAUGGCCUGCCUCCUCCCAACCCACUCCUGUCUUUUUGAUGCAAAAAGCAGUAGCCACCAGCAAGCCAAAGUUUCAGGAACUUUAACAAUAACAACAAAAGGUCAAAAACUAAAAUAUCAAAAACAUAAAAGAGUGUGUGAGUACGUGUGUGUCUUCUCUGUAAACUCAUUUGUCUUUGAUUCUGAAAUUCAAGUAUUCUUCAGUUAAUUUUAUUAAUGGGAAGAGAUUGUCUCUAUGUACCACAUAACAAACUUGUUUCAUUUUGCAAACUAAAAUCAGUCCCUGUUUGCUUAGAAUGUUGUUAUUUGAAGUAUCUCAUUUUGUCAAAAUCUUUAUGUGUUUGAACAUGGCGUCACCUUAAUACCUGCUCACAUUACGGCCAUACCACUUCCAAAAACUGGUUAGAGAUUUAACAAAACCUGUCCCUGAUUUGAGAUUUUCACAGGAAAAUACUGCUAUGUACAUCUGCAUAUCAUUGCAAGUAUGCUGCAGUUUUAUCCAGAAUGCUUCCUUAAGACCUCACUUAGAACAUCCUGUGGGUUCUUCUGCUGUUAGUUCAGGUAGACAUUUGUGGAAGGCAGCAAGACGGGUCUGAAAGAGCACACAUGUUUAGAGUGUGGGAGAUGCUGGGAGACGGGAGAGGAACAGGGGGGCUUGUUCCAAGUUUUACCCUAAGUUCUGUAUUCAAAUCUUUGCUCAAGGCAUUUCGCAUGUGACAUUAGUAAAGCUAUCUCCAAAGGUUUUUGUUUGUUUGUUUGUUUUUGUAUCUGUUUUUCUUUUUUGUGGCAAAGAUUUAUUUUAACUUGGGGGAUUUUGUUUGUUUCUAUGUUUCUGCAAAAUAAAGAGCACUGAACUUUAAACUUGAAUUUUUCUGCACUUUCUUAGGUCAUGACUUUUUAUUGUCCUUUAUUUAAUCUGCACUUUUUCGGUUUAAAUCAAGUGAUACAUGUGUCUGAGACAUACCAAAAUCGUGACUACGCUGCUAGCGUCACCUAAAACCAAUCGGUUCUAAAACCUUUAGUAGGGCUUUGCCUAGCUUUUAAAGAUUAAAAACAAAUGAAAUGAUUUGCUGUGUGUUUCGAUGGGCUUGAUCUUUGUUGCGACACUUUCGGAGUUGCUUUUAUAAUCACAUAAAAACAUGCUAUGUUUAUAUGCUGCUAGAAAGUAUACUUUUAGUUUUAGAUGAAUUUUUAUGAAUGUACUCUUUAAUUUUAAAAAUGGUGAACUUGUUAAGUCAAAGUACUUAAAAAGUAUGUAUAUUAUCCAUAUAAAAAGUUAUGUUUUACCCUUAUACUAAGAAAUACUGGUAUCUCAUUUGAGAUACAUUUAAGUUUUAAAAGGUCAUGCAUUAUUGAAAGGCCUUCACACCUGACAAAACACAGUUAUGUAGUUAAAAAAAAAAACUCUGCCAAAUAUUUUCCAAUAUUGAUCUUUUUGAGGGGAAAUGUCCACAACCAUAAUUUCUAGACCUUUUCUGAAGCUUCAGCUUGCUAUUGGAUGCCUAUUUUAGUUAUUGUUUUAAAAUACAUAUAUAUAUACAUAUAUUGAAAAUGGUUUUCCAGAUAUUUUCUUCUACCUUUUUUAAAAAUAAAUUUCCAAAAAUAGAAACAGAGUUUAUGUAUUUUUGUCAAUGAAGGUUUUUUCUUUUUAUUUUAAUAGUUUAUAGAGUUUGUUCCUUAUCAGUUUGAUACUUAAUCAAUACUCCUAGGCCUUUUUAUUCUGUAUUUACUUUGAAAAGAACACUCCUAUGUAGCCAGUAUCCCUUCUGGUUUUCUGUUUGUCUUUUUCUUUCAGUGUUUGUUCUGGGGUGAGAUUGAAGCCCAAGUGUGCUGCUGCCUUGGAGAUGACUAUGCAGCGGCUGAGCUUUGACCUUUGUCCGUCUGUCUCUCCUUCCUCUGGCCCGCUGUAGAGUAAUGUGGGCACCAUCGCUCUUGCUUCAGAUGCUGUGAGCAUUCUGUGAACGGAAGACAGUUGCUGCAAAUGAAAGGGGCAAAGCUGUAGCGUAGCUUCCUGGGAAAGUGAAUGAUUUUAAUAACUUCCCAGUCUGGGUCUGAAGUUACUGGUUCAGUUUUUCUAUGAAUUCAGUAUUGUCUCCAGAGUUGCUUACGGGUGGCCUCUUUCUGUUACGUGCAGGAAAUGGGAUUAUAUAUCUGCAAGUAUUUUUCAGUGAGGCACAUAGUUUAAUCUUUAUAAGGUAUAAAUAGUGUCAACUCAUUGUAGGUCAUUUGACUCAGGCAUUUAAAAUGGGUGUAGGUUAAUUGUGGGAUUUUAUUUAUGUGAGUUUGGGGUUUUGAUUAUUUUUUUAUAGCACUUGUAUUUUGUUAUCCAAACUUUGCUCCAAUUGAAGAGAGUGUACUGUGUUUCUGACAGACUUAGAUGCACUAAGAAGUAAUGAAAAGAUGAGAAAUAGUGGCAUCAUUUCUUUCCUUCUUUCUUUUCUUUUUUUGUAAAUAGCUAUGUGAUACUUUAGGUGUGACCUCUACUUAACAUGGUAGCUAGUCUAGGGAGGGGAGCACUGUCUAGUUACACUUCCUUUCAUUGUAAACGUGUUUCAAAAAAAAAAACAGUUAUAAAACAGACAGACUUAGUUUCCUAGGGUUGUCCAUGCGGAGGGCAAGCAUGCAUCCAGACUGCUAGCCUGUCUGUCAACACCGUACGCACUGUUCAUCUCCUGCAUUUUCUCUUUACGUUCGCUCAGUGCAGAACUGUUUCUAAAAUAAUUCCUGGAAUGUGCUUUUGGAGUACAGUUUUUUUUAAUUAUCUGUGUAGUGUUUCAUUUUUUUUUAAGAAAAAAAAAAGCACUAUUGCAAACCCUGAAAAACAUCCUCAGACUUUGUAGUUCUUUUGCGUUUCUGUAACUUAAUGAGAAAAAAAAAAUACUGUCAUCACAGCAAAUAGGUUCAAAAUUAGGUGAUGAAAUAUUUUUGUAAAUAAAUACCAUUAAGCUGGUAUUUUGAGAAUGUAUUACAAAUUAAUGUUUCUGAGAAAUGUUCCUAUAUAUGUAAAUGAAUUUCUUUGCUGAAGAGCUCUGAUUGGGCAAAAUAAAAUACUCUAAUCUCUUCUGAAACAAAAAA